CGGAGACAAGUCGCAGCCAAUUGGAGAAGCGAAAGCUAUUGCGGAAGCGGAAGUUGAGAGGAAGCGGAGUGGGACUCCGAAAUUAAAGCAGCUAUGAAUAUCCUUCCGAAGAAGUCGUGGCAUGUGAGGAACAAGGACAACGUCGCCCGAGUGCGGCGGGACGAAGCGGAGGCCGAAGCCGAGCGGCAAAAGCGGGAAGCCCGAGUCCUGCUUGCUGAACAGGAGGCUCGGACUGAAUUCUUGCGUAAGAAAGCACGCUUGUCAGUCCCAGGAAGCGACAGCAGCAGCUCAGACCUUCUGUCCCCUGGCUCAGAAGGGCCCUCGCAACACAUCAACUUUUUCCAUGAAUUGCAAGAGGUUGGAAACAAAGAACAUGAGGAGGAGAAGCGGCAAGAGAAGGAGCGACGGGAAAAGGCUUUGGGGAUCCUCACUUACUUGGGCCAGAGCGCAGCAGAGGCCCAGACUAGUCAGCCUUGGUACCAAAAACCCCCAGAACGCAGUGAGGCUGUUGCCAAGGAUGUGAAGCUGAAAGGGAAGCUGGACCCUCUGGUUGAAAUGGAAAGGCAUCUGCACAAAAAGAAGAGCUCCCAGAAGGAAGGAAAGAAAGGGAAAGCGGAGCAGAAACAAAAGGAAAGCAGAGGGGGACCUUCUUCUCUAUCCUCCUCCUCCUCCACUCUGGAGAAGCUACGGCAGGAGCGGCUGCGUCGGGAGCAGACAGAACGAGCCCGGGCAGAGGUUCUUCUGGCUCAGAAAGCAGGAAAACUGCUUCCCAGGGAAGCCGAGGAGGAAGUAGAUGAAAGGAAACGUGGCUACAACUCUCAGUUCCACCCACAGCUGGCAAGGAAGAGGGUCUGGGAGCCACAGUGAGAGAAGCCCUGCUUGUGCAGUAGUAUCGGUAUUAGCCAGCUGGCAGCAGCCCUGAGGAGACCUGUUAGUGCCGUCUUCUGCUCUGGGAGGCUGAAGGAAGCAGCUUUUUUCAUCAUCCAAGAUUGCCUGAGGUGGGGCGGACAGCUAACAUCUGUUCACCUUCUGCUAUGGACAGCAGCUUUAGAAACUUCAGAGGGCUGAAAAAAGACUAGUAAUGAGGUUCAUACCACAGCCAGUUUGUGUGUCAGAACAUCUUCGUAAAUGGGCUACGCUACAGCUGCCAGAAACCAGUUUUUAGUACCAGUGUGCCACCACAAGAACAGGUAGAUAGUGAAGUUCUUGGCGGGUUUCAGGUUUUGUAUGUCUACCCUUAAUUCUGACUAUAAAAGACAAAACCCAUAUCAGUUUAACUGUGGGGGUACCUGAAGCAUAAUUAUAAAACAGCACAACUUACUUUUAAGAUUUCCUUGUGCAAAGGAAA